CAAGCCCCUGCGCAGGCGCAGAAGCAGCGCGGGAGCCUCCUCUCAGGCACUGCCGCGGACAUCCCCGAGGGCCUCGGCCACAGGGGCCGGAAGUGACGCAUGCCCCGCCUUUCCGCGUCCCUCGCGGCGGGCUUCGGGACUGAGCGGCGCAGUCCGCUCCGAGGGUUUUGAGGCAACGGCUGCUUUGCGGGCCCCGCCGCCGCCGACCCCACUCCUCGUUGGAGAGAAGAUGGUGGGCCGGAACAGCGCCAUCGCCGCCGGCGUGUGCGGGGCCCUUUUCAUCGGGUACUGCAUUUACUUUGACCGCAAGAGACGGAGUGACCCCAACUUCAAGAACAGGCUGCGGGAACGUGGAGUAAUGGAAAUAGUGCUGUUUUGGAUUCAGACACUGAGUUUUCCUGGCCAAGGAAGAAAGAAACAGAAGCUUGCCAAGGAGAGAGCUGGACUUUCCAAGUUACCUGACCUUAAAGAUGCUGAAGCCGUUCAGAAAUUCUUCCUCGAAGAAAUACAGCUUGGUGAAGAGUUACUAGCUCAAGGUGAAUAUGAGAAGGGUGUGGACCAUCUGACAAACGCAAUUGCUGUGUGUGGACAGCCACAGCAGCUACUACAAGUGUUGCAGCAGACUCUUCCGCCACCGGUGUUCCAGAUGCUUCUGACUAAGCUCCCAACAAUUAGUCAGAGAAUUGUAAGUGCUCAGAGCUUGGCUGAAGAUGAUGUGGAAUGAGAAAUAAAUGUCAACAUAAUAAUCUCAAUUAAAAAAUAUUUUUAAAAUCUUAACUUGGAAGAUGAUCAGCUCUGGGGGCGUAAGGGCAAAUAAGCUUGUUAUGGACUGUCCUACACUGAAAUCUACCAAAGUUAAUUUUUACUUUGUGUAGAUCCAUUUGUCUGUUUUAUUUAUUUUUCUCAGUGAAAAGUGUAUUUUGAUAGGUUUUCAUUUUAUAAAUACACUCAGUUACCGAAAUAUGGAUUUUGUUUAUUCCUAAAAUGUGCAAUUAGAAUGUACAUAUAUAAUAUCACAUUACUUACAUUAAAAAUACCCAAUGCUCAGUUUUGAAAGAUAGGCCAAAAAAAAGUAUAGAAGAAAACUGAAGAAUGCACUUUUUUCUUUUAAGCUAGUGCAGUUCGCUGUACAUCAGAUGAUUGGAUGGAAACUUGAUUGUGUAUUAAAACUGAGCAUUAAAAUCUUUAAGAGAUUCUUUCCAUUUAAUCUCUUAAUAUGUCUAAUGUGCUGCUGUGCUAUAAUAACUUCACUCCCACUGUUGAUUAAAUCAGUGGGCCUAAUGUGUUCUGGAUAUUUAUCUCCUUGUAUUUUAGAUAUGUGUAGUUGCAAAUAGCACCAGGAAUUAGAUCUGUGUACACCCUUAAUCUAGCUGAGUAAGCUUCGCCAGUUAAUGUCUGCCCGCAUUUAUAAAAUGAGGGAAUUGGUCUGCUGAUUCAGCUUCUAAUUCCUUUGGUUCUGUUUAGCAUUUUCAAAUCCCUUUUUCUGAGGGAUAUAUCUGUUUGGGCAACUAGCCCUUGCAUUUUUUUAAUAUUCUGAAUUUUGCAUGCUUGCCUGACUUAGUAUUUCUGAAUUGAUUUUUUUUUUUUAAGGUAUAACUUGUGUUGAUUUUCACUGAAAUCAUGGUUCUGUCACUACUUUUGUAAAUUAAUCUGAAAUUUAACCUUCAAGGUAACUGGGACAAUAUGCUUGUAAAAGUGUGUGUUCCCCUUUGCUUUUAUUGUCAGUGUACCUCCUGAAUCCCCUUCCAGCCUGAUUCACUUAUCUUGCUAUGGGAAUAAGGUAUAACUUUGUGGCUGAAGACUUGCAAAGAAUGAAGAUAAUGGGACCUUUUAUUCUCAAAAUAGUGACAUUAUCUGCAGCCACAGAUUCAGUAUCAGACCUGAGAAUAAAGAUCCUUGGUACUUAGCGGUGUCUGUUGAGCA